UUGGUCAAAAUAAGCUAAGUUAGCAAAGGUAAAUUUAGCUAGUAGGAGCUAGUCACGGUUGUAAUGAAAAGGACAAACUACAGUAAAUCUCAAGUGGAUAAAUAAAUGCUGCGGGGGAUGAAUAUUAGGUCUUGCUAAAUGUAUGUUACCGGUAGAUUUUCUAACGAGUAUAGUCAAAUGAUUAAAGCUAAGUAACGUUGAACUGCUACGUGGUUACCGAUCGUAACCGCAGCUUGCUAGCUAAGAUCAACAUUAGCAAGCAAAGGUUCAGUAGCAACCUUUUGUUAAUAACGCGUGACCUUAAAAACGUCAUCAUCAUUAAAGGCACUGCUUUUCGGCAAUCAACUAGGAAACUAGGGCGAUUUAAGGAGGGUGCGUUUUUCUUUUACUUUGCUGGAUUAACAGAAGCUUUGGAGACAAUGCAUCACGUCAAGAUUAAAACCGAAAGGCCAGAUCUGGAGUUGACGGCUGGACGCAGCAGACUAGAAGCUUUGUUGAAAGGGCUGGUGGAGAAGAGUGAGAGUGAAAGGGAGCAAAAUGAGGGUGACGCUGGAAAAAUAUCGGCGGACUCUUUAAACAAGGAUUUGUCUCCAUCAUCUGCUGGAAAAAGGCCAUCUGCACGAUUUCCUCAACAUCGGAGGAAGAAGCGAAAAGAGAUGGAUGAAGGCAUUCCAGAGAGUAAUCAGCAUAAACAAAAUGCUUACAUUAUUAAGCUGUUUGAUCGCAGUGUGGAUCUAGCUCAGUUCAACACCAGCACACCCCUGUAUCCUAUUUGCCGUGCCUGGAUGAGAAACAAUCCAUCUGUUCGAGAACCAGCUGCUUCUCCAAGUUCACCACACAGCAUGGUAGACGAUGAGCAGGUCACAGACAUUAUAAAUGGAAAAGGUCAAAACGUGUACAGACUUCCUCCCCCGACCUCUUGUCCAGUCAGUCCCUCUGGUGAACCGGUCAAUCUCAGGAUUCCACAGACUGAAAAACCGGCUGUUUCCAAGUCAGUAGAUUCAGCUCCUGUAUCAGGAUCCCUCAUAUGCGACCACAUGGAACGCUGGAAGAAGAUUCGGCAGAAAUGGAAAGAGUGCUCUAACAAGAACCAGUUAAGAUACAGUGAGAGCAUUAAGAUUCUUAAGGAGAUGAAGGAGCUGUACGAUCGCUAACGGGCCGCCUUACAGCUGUCUUCUACAGAACUGAUUCUAUGCAGCUGGAAAACAGCCAUACUGUCGCAGUCACCAUCAGAAUACAACUGUCAUCCAUGAAAUUGGACUCACAAAUACACGUUUAACAGACCCCUGAGCCUUAAAUAGAUCUGAUUUCCUAUGCAUUGUAGUGAAGAGUAUCUUACAGGAGUUAGUGAAAUUUUUCAGCAGUUUCAUUUGUGAGAAUGUUUUCCAGUGAUGUUGGACUGUUUUGCAUAAUUUGAAGUGUUCAAAUGCUCAAAUAAAAGAACCCACUCUUC